AUUUAAAAAAAAUGUGAAAAUUUGUUAAUGGUAAUGCUGUUGACUCACUAUAGAUCACGAUAACUCAAAGACAAAUACAAGUAAUAAUUAAAAAUUAAAAGAUUAUACGAAAGAAUACAAAAUAGUAGCAGAUCAAAUUGUAGAAAUAGAUAAAAAAAGUUUAAAAAAUGAAAUAAAAAAAUGGGGAACAGUUUGAAGGGGUGUUUUAAGGUGUGAUGUUCCAACUAGGAUCGUUGUUGGGAAUGAUGGGACUGAGGGGUUUGGGAGAGAAGAAGGAGGCAUUGCUUGUUGGAUUUCAACUGGGUUUUUUUGCUGCUCCUGCUUUUUGCCGUUUUGGGACGCUCAAAUUUUAGCGGGAAACUUGUUCUAACGACCCUUUAAACGAAAGACUCUAAAGCUUUCAAAUGCCUCCCAUAUCAGUUUAAUUAUGCAAAAUCUGCCUCCAUCGUUAUUUCAAGAAUCAUGAACUCUCCAUCAACCCAGUUUGUACAUUCAAGAAGGAUGGGUAUCUAUGAGCCUAUCCACCAGAUUGGCAUGUGGGGAGAAAACUUUAAGAGUAAUGGCAAUCCAAAUACAUCUGCAUCAGUAAUUGUUGAAGUGGAUACUAAGCUAGAGAAUGAGUCUGAGACUGCUUCACAUGAAAUGCUAGCUCCUUCUAACAAGUAUGACCAAGAAGCAACUAAACCUACUGAUAAGAUACAAAGACGUCUUGCACAGAACCGUGAGGCUGCUCGUAAAAGUCGUUUGCGGAAAAAGGCAUAUGUUCAACAGUUAGAAAAUAGUCGUUUAAAGUUGGUUCAAUUGGAGCAAGAGCUUGAACGGGCAAGGCAACAGGGUCUUUAUGUGGGAGGUGGAUUAGAAGGUAGUCAUCUUGGAUUCUCUGGAGCAGUAAACUCAGGGAUUGCUGCAUUUGAGAUGGAAUAUGGACAUUGGAUGGAAGAACAAAACAGACAAAUAUGUGAACUGAGGACUGCUUUGAAUGCCCAUAUAAGUGAUGUAGAGCUUCGCAUACUUGUGGAAAGUGGAAUGAGCCACUAUUUUGAACUUUUCCGCAUGAAAUCAACAGCUUCAAAGGCUGAUGUUUUUUAUGUGAUGUCUGGUAUGUGGAAAACAUCAGCAGAGCGCUUUUUCUCAUGGAUUGGAGGAUUUCGCCCUUCAGAACUUCUUAAGGUGCUUGUGCCUCAGCUUGAACCCUUGACAGAACAGCAAUUUUUGGAAGUUUGUAACCUGAAACAAUCUUGUCAGCAAGCUGAAGAUGCCCUUUCACAAGGUAUGGAGAAACUCCAGGAAACUGUGUCUGCGACUGUAGCAGCUGGUCAACUGGGUGAAGGUAGUUACAUUCCUCAGGUGGCUACUGCAAUGGAGAAGUUAGAAGCUCUAGUCAGCUUUGUGAACCAGGCUGACCAUCUUCGGCAGGAAACGCUGCAGCAGAUGUCUCGCAUCCUAACAACUCGCCAGGCAGCUCGAGGCUUACUUGCUUUGGGAGAAUACUUCCAACGUCUUCGAGCUUUGAGUACACUAUGGGCUACCCGUCCUCGUGAGCCUGCCUAGCCUUUCAAUGCAAGAACAUGCA